UUUCUCUGCGUGUCACCGAACGGUCUCUUCAGAUCGGAGCAGUCAGGUUCACCUGCAGUCCAGCGGUGCACCUGACGCAGACACUCACCUGAGCUUUACCGAGGAUUUACCUGCUGAUCCAAAAUGCCCCAUUAGUCCCCAGCGGAAGCUGCACCAGUCGCCCCUACACGUCAAACCGAUCGACAACCAUGAAGAAGGGAGCGCUGCACUUUCUGGGUCGGAAGAACCGGUCUCUUUUCGACACCAAUAUCCAGAUCAAGGACAUGGACAAUGUGGAGUUGGUGCGGGACACACCAGCGAUCCCUGAGUCAGGGACUGCCAGUGUGCGGGCCAGACCCACAGUCAAGCAUCAUGCUUCAUCUGAUACUUUUCAUGGGUUUGCUGUCCCAACACCAAAAGUCCCUCUCCUUCCCCCAGUCAAUGGUCUAAAGGCCAAUGGCUCAGUGGGGGAAGAUAGGCUGUCCAAUGGAUCUGUUAUAUCUGUGCCUGACCUCGUGGAGGGGGAAAUAAUUGUUCCUCCUCCUCCCUCUAUUGCACCACCACCUCCUCCAGGGACCUUUAUCCCUCCUCCCCUAGACUUCAUGGGUGACCUUAACAGUCUGGACCUCUACGCACAAAAGCCCACUCCAAUGGCAUCGUCUAUGGAGGAGGAUCUAGUCCUUUUAAAACCACCACCAAUGGCUCCACCAAAGCCUCCAUCUACUGGCUCUUCUGGCUCUGCCUCAUCCAUUCUUAGUUCACCACCAGCCAAAAUUCCUGAGAUUCCAAAUUUUGCCCCUGCACAGCCCCCUACUGAAAAGCAACACAAGACUUAUAAGGCACCACCUCAAAAGCCCAUUAGACUGUCCUCCAUCUCCAACUUUGAACUCCCGCCACAGACUCCUGCCCCACCUCCCCCUGAGCAGACACCCACACGCUCCACCUUUAAUCCCCGAAACACAGCAAAGCUUUUCACUGUUCCUCAACACUCAAUCCUCAGCGGGUAUAACAGUCCUGACCAGAUACCCAAGCAGAUGUUGCUCCUGGAAGAUUCUGGGUCUGUUAAGUCGGGCCCGGUGCGUGCCCAGGUGGAUGGGAAAGUCUCUACACCAACAAAACCGGUUUCCAGAGAUGCACAGGCGUUUAAGGAGAACUUGCAAACUACGCAGCCCUCUCCACCUUCCCCUCCUGCAUCAAACCAGGAGACUAAACAAGGGACAGUUUCGGCACAGCCAGUAGUUACCACACCUCUCCCGACUCCCCCUCGGAUGUCACCACAGCUCCUGAAAGUGAACAGUUCAGAGACUAGAAGGGACACACUGGAGGAAUCUUCAAGUCGAGGUCGAAAAUUUAGUCCCUUAUUAGAUCGUAAACUGCGCAAUCUGAAGAGUAGCGAAACCAAUGGGGCACGAGAGGGACCUGCGGUGUCCCCCCUGGCUCUUUUAAUGGCAGCCAAAGAAAGGGAGAAACACAGAUCAACCCAUUCUCUGUCACGGGAAAACAGUGCCAAGAAGAACGAGCAACCAAGCACAAGCAUUUACGAAAGCGACUCAAGUCCCAAUUCCUUUGUUGUCAUCCCAAGGUCAAGCUCAUCCUCUGCUCUUACAUCUCAAGAAAGAAUAGAGAACUGUCUAGAGUCUGCAACUAAACUUCCUGAAAAAUCUAGCAGCCCUGCAAUGGUCAGGGAUCCGAUGCAAUCUACCAGUUCAGCUCUAAAUAGGCUCACAGCAGCUGCAUCCGCACGAGCAACGGACCUGGUUGGGCAGAAACACAACAGAGAGCAAACACCCCCAAAGACACAAUCUGCACAACCUGUGGUUAAUCAAGUCGAGUUAAGUUUGCCACUACUCCCUCCUCCUCCAGAGUUUGAUGAUUUAGAAGAGUUUACGGCGCCCCCUCCUUCCAUCCCUCCACCUGAGCCUCCAAAGAAAAAGCCACCAGCACCACCCAUGAGCCUCCCUCCUCCAGCUCCAGCUCUACCCCCUUCUCCAAAACCUGCACCCCCAGCAGCUCCAAAACUCCCAGCUCCUAACAUUGAUGUCAAACCAAAACCCCAAAUGGUCCCUACUCAGCCACCAUCCAGUCUUUCUCCCAGUCAGGCCACACUCCUGAGCAUCUUACAAAAGAAGAUGUUGGAAAUGGACCACAAAAUGGCCCCAACGACAACGGCAGAAUCCAGUUCUGAUGACUGGGGAACCCCCCAGUCUGAUGAGUACAAUAAAUCCCCUGUUCCCAGAGCCCCUUUGCAGAGCAAGAGUAACACUGUAGGCAAAAAAACAGCGUCAUUAGACAUGCGGGAAUUAGAGAGUAAAGUGGCCAAAAAGUAUCAGGAGACGUCCUCGCUGAAAGUUCCCACCAGUAAUGGACGAUCAAAACAUCAGUAUGGAAGGACCUUUACAGUUCGGCCUGGAACCAAACAGCCUAUCACCCCCCAUUUUUAAAUAGGAAUCUUCAACAUAUGUAGAAAUUAGACACAUUCAUGCAAUGUCCAUGUGAUUUUGCAUUAGCAGGAGUUUGUACAAUGGGGAAAAAGCACUUUGAACAAUUGAGUGACAUGAAUGUGUUCGGUAAAUAUGUUCAGAACGUCUCAUAAUAGUUAUGAGAAUGUCUGCUCAGUUAUAAAAGAUGUUAUCUAUAAGUAUUGCUAAAUUUUCAAAUUACGCUGUGUCACUGUCGUACAAUAAGUCUCAAUGCCUUAUGGGUAAUAUUCAUAGUAUGAGCAAAAUCUGUUAAUAAAAUGCUUAACGCUUAAGUUAUUCACAGCUUUAAACUUAAAUCUACAUUAUACAGUAAUUUCAAUUAAUUCAUAGAUUUGUGAUUCCUGAUAGUAGAAUACAACAAUAAUGUAAAACGUAAUUAUUGUGGCUUGUGCUGUAAUUGCAUUUCCAAUAUGUGCAAUGUUCUUCCACUGUUACAUGUAAAUUACAUAGAUCCACUGGAGCAAAGUCGUCAGUUAGUGUCGGAGCACGCUGAUCUCUCAGUAGGAUCGUUUCUCAUUCAGUUAAUGUUCCAACAUUUGUUUAAAUUCUAUUUGCUGCGGUUAAAUGUCUGUGUGUGUUGCGACAUUUGUGUAGUUAUUCAUGUACAUAUGUUUGUAUAAGAUUAACAUAAGACUUGGAUAUUGUGAAAUGCUGAAUAAACAGUGAGGUUCAAAACCUAUGGACCCCACUGUGCAUGUUAAGGUUAUGUAAUCAGAAUAUUUAAAAUGUAUUGGUUAUGAAGUAAAUCAGUUCAUCUCCAUGAAAUAAUGCCAAACAAUUCCUUAAUUUGAAAUUAAUUCAAGCAGUAAUUGCCAGUCUUAAUAAACUUCCUUGAGUUUUUUGUG